CAACAACUCGCGUGAAAGGUUGAAAACACUGCGUGGUCGCGGGUGGACUUGAUUGGAAUUACCAUUACCCCGAGGUACUGCUAUCGCGGAUAGGUGGUACCCGGUACGAUUUUCUGUGAUAUUGUGCCAGAAAUCCCAACGCGGUAGUUUGUGGUUUCUUUGAAGUCUAGUGCUACUUUUCGUACUGCCUUUUAGCGAACUUUAGUACUCGUAUUCUUGCGGAUUCAGUAGAGGUGGUACGCUAUACGAGAUAGCAUUGUCAACAUCCUGUAGCACUUUCAUUAAUAGUAACCUCAAUCAGACGGUUUUUUACAAAGCUUUAAGUCCCGCACGAUCUUGUAAAGUAAAGUAGUACCGCCGUAAGCAUUCGCGAAACGAAUUGUCAAAGCCUCGAUGACGUUUGUGGAUAAGCCGUAGUGCGUACUGUAACUGAUUCAUAGUGUGACAAGUACCGAAGUACUGGUGGUGUCAGACAGUACCAAUUUGGAUUGUAGGAGGUGUGAAACACAGUGCGUACCUUGGAGACUUCAACGCUGGCAUAAGAGCGAAACACCGGCAUCUGGGCCCAGAUAGGGCCUGGUCGUACGAUGAAGCGUCGCUGGUCCGGUCUGCAACCGGUCAAGAUCGAGGAAAGCAGCUCCGAGGUCACCUCGUCAACGUUAGGAAUGAGCCCGGCCAACUCGUUAGCCUCCGGGGAUAUCGGAGAUGUCGACCUCGAGUUCUGGGACCUGGACCUCAACCAUCAGAAUCAAGCGAGGAACUUGGUUAUACAGAACGGGUAUACGGUGGCUGGACAUACCAUCAUCACGAACCAUACCAUCGCUAAGAGCGAUACGAGUUCGAUAUCAGGUGAGCCCUUCAGUUCCAGGUUGAAGUAG